AUGAUUAUACUUGUACUCUAUGUCGAUGACAUAAUCCUAGCAGGUAAUAAUCAAGAAAAGCUGCAGGAAAUAAAAUCCAGACUGUGUGAUGCAUUUCAGAUGACAAACAUGGGAGAACCAAACAUGUAUUUAGGAAUGAAAAUUCAGAGAGAUAGAUUAAAUAAAACCAUGACCCUAACUCAGACAGAUUAUAUAGAAAAGAUAUUAGAAAGAUUUAACAUGAAGGACUGCAAGGCACAGAAUUUUCCAAUGAUAACCAGACAAGCCAAAAGAAAAGAGAUUGAAUCUAAUUCAGAAAGACACAAAGAAAGAGAGAUACCAUGCAUAGCACCAUACAGAGAAACGAUAGGCAGUUUGGAAUACUUGUCAGCAAUGACAAGACCAGAUAUUACCUAUACUGUAAACUUUAUGGCCAGAAAACAAGCUGCACCUACAGAGAAUGACUGGAAAGAAGUCAAAAGGAUUUUUAGAUUACUGCAGAAAACUAAAGAAGUAGGGCUAGUAUACAGAAGAGGAGGAGACAAAUUAGAGGCAUUUACAGAUUCAAGCUUCAGAGAUCAAACAGACUCUACCUCCACAGGUGGAUACAUAAUCAAAUUGUAUGGAAAUACAGUAGCGUGGAGAAGCUACAAACAAAAUUAUGUAUCAUUUUCCACCUGCCAAGCAGAAUAUCUGACGAUGAGUGAAGCAUGUCAAGAAAUAAUAUCACUUGACAAAGCCAUAAGAGACAUGACUGGAAAAACAUACUUUCCAGCCACCAUCUAG